AUGGCUCAACUUCUUUCUAGCCCCGAAAAAGGAUACCAACAAAGCGAAGAUCGUUUUCUAGCUAAUGAGGGAGAAAUGAGGUGUCAGAAAUCCUCGAUUCAGAAUAUCGAGAAUCAGGUUGGUCAGCUGGCAAAGAUGAUGUCGGAGAGACCCCCAGGUGGUCUUCCAGGCAAUACAGAGCCAAACCCGCGCGGGCAUGUAAAUGCUGUUAUGACCAGGAGUGGCAAGACUACAGGACCUACCAUAUCGGAUCCACCACCGAUCACUGAAAAGGUCCCGACUGACACACUGGACGAGGUGCAAGAUAGGCUGCGCCCAGCAAGUACAGCACAAGUCCAGGAGCCAGUCAAGGAUUACACUCCUCCAGUACCAUAUCCGAGCCGGCUGAAGAAACAGAAUAAUGAAGAACAAUACGGUAAAUUCCUUAAAAUGUUUAAGCAACUGCAUAUAAAUAUACCGUUUGUUGAAGCUUUGGCCCAGAUGCCGAAGUAUGCAAAGUUCUUGAAGGACAUCCUCUCGAAUAAGCAGAAGCUUGAGGAUAUGUCCUAUGUGGUGAUGAACGAAAGCUGCUCUGCCAUUUCUCAAAAUCGUCUACCAACAAAAAUGGGAGAUCCUAGCAGUUUCACGCUUCCUUGUUUGAUUGGAAAUAUGUCUGUUAGCCAUGCAUUGGCUGAUUUGGGAGCGAGUAUAAACCUUAUGCCCAAUAAGGUUUUUACAAAGUUGGAUCUAGGUGAGCCGUCGCCUACUCGUAUGAGCGUUCGACUUGCAGACCGUUCUAUCAAGUAUCCGCGUGGAUUUGUGGAGAAUAUGCUUGUCAAGAUUGGCAAGUUCAUGUUUCCCGUGGAUUUUGUUAUCCUGGAUAUGGAUGAGGACUCUAGGGUGCCUUUGAUUCUCGGACGUCCGUUCUUGAAUACUGCUCGGACCAUUGUAGAUGUAGCUACAGGGCAGAUUACAUUCCGAGUGAAUGAUGAGCAUGUGACCUUUGAUAUUAAGUGGUCAAUGCAGCACCCGCAGAGUCAGGAUGAUGCACUAUACUAUGUUGACAUUGUCGACACGUAUAUGGAUCAUCCCUUCCUUCAGUUUAACCCUAAUGAUGAACGAGAAGCUCUUUGUAUCCCAAAACGUGAUGCCCUAUGGAGAAGGCGAGGGCAGUUUGGUGUCCCUAGGAGGCUUGGUUGGGAUGUGAUGGCUGAACUACAUCAGCGUGACCGUCUAGAAAACAUGUUGACGGUCCCACUUGCGCGUCUAGUGAAUAUCAACCGCCCAAUUUACCUAGAGCUUACGAUUGAGUUUUUCACCACGUAUUCCUACGAGAAGCCUAAAGCACAUAAAGUCCCCAACUUCCGCCACAAAAGAGGGUAA